AUGUCGACUUCUGCUCGCCGCCGUCUCAUGCGGGACUUCAAGCGCAUGCAAACCGAUCCCCCGGCCGGUGUUUCUGCUUCCCCCGUUGCAGAUAAUGUCAUGACUUGGAACGCUGUGAUCAUCGGUCCGGCCGACACGCCUUUCGAGGACGGUACCUUCCGCUUAGUGAUGAACUUCGAAGAACAGUAUCCCAACAAGCCCCCUGGCGUCAAAUUCAUUAGCCAGAUGUUCCAUCCCAAUGUCUACGGCACGGGUGAACUUUGUCUUGAUAUCUUGCAGAACCGGUGGAGCCCGACAUACGACGUGGCGGCCAUUCUCACGAGUAUCCAAAGUCUGCUCAACGAUCCUAACACUUCGUCACCCGCCAAUGUCGAAGCCUCCAACUUAUACAAGGACAACCGGAAGGAAUACGUCAAGCGUGUACGAGAGACCGUGGAGAAGAGUUGGGAGGAUUAG